GUCGGACGUGAAGGCAAUGAAUGACUGCUGGAAGAGGAGGAAUUGGUGGGGGUCUUGGAGGAAGCGUAGGAGGAGGAAAAGGAGAGAGUCAUGGGAGUCAAGCUGGGAGACAUUGGAGGAGAGAGCAAGAAAGAGGGCAGAAUGGGAGGAGUUGGCUGUUGCAGUUGCACUUGCUGUUCCUGCAGUUGCUGCAGUUGCUGCUCCUGGAGGAGGAAAGAACGCCUCAGGAGUCUAUCGCAGGCACCGACACCUUCCCACCCUUCGCUCUCAGGGGAAGGAAGAGCAGCAGCCGUAGCAGAAGAAGGAGUCACGAUCUCGUCAGUGACCUGCAGUUCCCGAGGAGUGACGGCUCCUGCCAUUUUGAUUAAUUUAAUCUCCUCGUCGAUCGGCCUGCCACCAUCACGCCAGGGAGGUAAAGCCAUGACUGCAGUCAAGCUAACACAGACAGAUAGACCACCACGGGAAUUGCUUAGUUGAGUGUUGCGAGGGAGAGAGUAGAGAGAGAUGGAGGGGGUGUGUGUGUACUGAGGAGGAGUGAGGAGAGUUGGGUUGGUUGCAGUGGAGACCAAGGACUUAAGAGUGAGAGAUAGAUUUUGCUUCUACUAUGACAUGCUCACUCAUGGGCUCCAUAAAAAGUGUUUUGCGCCCUACACGCGUCUACUCACUUAGCCUUCUUGUGGAAUAAGAAUGGACCAAGCAUUGCAA